CUCCAGGCAUCGUGCGGCCUCCGCGCUGCUAGCCAGGGGAAGCUGAAGGUCCCCGAAUGUCUGGACACAGUCAAGCUGGCCAAACAUAAAGAGCUUGCCCCCUAUGAUGAGAACUGGUUCUACACGCAAGCUGCCUCUACAGCACGGCACCUGUACCUGCUUGGUGGUGCCGGGGUUGGCUCCAUGACCAAGAUCUAUGGAGGACGGCAGAGAAACGGUGUCAGGCCCAGCCACCUCAGCAGAGGCUCCAAGAGUGUGGCCCGCCGCGUUCUCCAAGCCCUGGAGGGACUGAAAAUGGUGGGAAAGGACCAGGAUGGGGGCCGCAAGCUAACACCUCAGGGACAGAGAGAUCUGGACAGGAUUGCCGGACAGGUGGCAGCUGCCAAGAAGAAGCAUUAGAACAAAGGAUGCUAGGUUAAUAAACUGCCUCAU